CAAUGCCUGAUUUAGGUUCUCUAGACAAGUCCAAUCUUAGUCCCGGUAGCAGCAACAACGGUGGCAGCUUCUCCAGCUCGCUAGGCCCGUCGCUUCCAGGACUAUCGGCUCUAGCAUCGGUCGCAUCGGCGCCGACUUCCAAUCUGCGCGGCUCCGGAAGCAAUGGACUUCCCAGUAUGGGGAAUAUGACCUACGCGACAUCGUCACCGGCAGCGACGACCGGUGGACAAGGAAGUAGUCCGGUAAGUAAAUCGAUUCGCCCUGUUGUACCCCUUAUCGAGCGAGCGCGGUCUUAUCUACGUGGACGAUAUGCGGAUUUUGCACCCUGGAGCCUUUGCCCCGAAUUUUCUCCCAAAUCUGUUAUCAGCUGCCGACUGGGUCUUGGCGCCGCACCACCCGCCCAGCGCCCGGUCUUAUCGCAGCAGCCCAUCAAAUCUCUCCCGAUCUUAUCACCUUGUCGCUCUUCCUCUCAUCCAUUAUCUAUUCCCUUCGCUCCCAACUCCCUCGGGUGUUUUAAUCCUCCAUUUUCCGACUAUCAUGGCAACAACAUUGGCUGACCACAAACGUCCUCAUUUACAGCCCGUGUGUCAAAAUUGCGGGACGUCCACCACACCCCUCUGGCGCAGAGAUGAACUCGGCUCCGUCCUCUGUAACGCCUGUGGGCUCUUCCUCAAACUCCACGGGAGACCUCGCCCGAUAAGCCUGAAAACCGACGUGAUCAAGAGCCGCAAUAGGGUCAAGACCGCUGGGCAAGGCCCCAAACGCAAGUCUGGUGGUACCGCUGACGCAAAUGGACUCGCGACAACGCGAUCGGAAGCCGGCACGCCCCCGCUGGGCGGCCAUGGCUACCGUCGCGCGUCGCGAAAGAUGUCCCCGGGCCAUUCCGAUCGCUCGAACUCGCCGGUGUCGCGAACGGACACGCCUGGAAUCCCUCCCAUGCACCAACCACAGCCGCAACACAACUCCAACAUUGCCCCGCAACACAUGUUUGACAGCGUGACUCUGGGGGACCAUGCGAUCAAUUCGUCGAAUGGCCUUCAUCCCGGUCAGUUGCGCCAGCCCUCGCCGACAGCCACAUCCGCUGUCGCGGAUCGCCAAGGCGACUCGCCGCAGACAUACGAGGGGCUCCUCGCGGCCAACGCGUCGCUCAAGACCCGUGUGAGCGAACUGGAGUUGAUCAAUGGUCUCUUCAGGGGGCGGGUCGCGGAGCUGGAGCAGAGCGACGCCACCGCGCGUCGCUCCGAGAUGAUCGUUCGCGAUUCGGAAGUCCGUCUCCGUCGGUCACUCGAGGAGGCCCAACAUCGGGAGGAGGAUCUGAAGCGGCGUGUGAGCGAACUGGAGCGGCAGGUCUCCGACCAAAGCGAGCUGGGUGGUUCGGUGGGCAAUGAUAGCCCAGGGGAACCUAUGGCGAAGCGGAUGAGAAUGAGCGAUGCGGUAUGGCGACCUCCUGCAUAUUCCUCCCCUUCUUAAGUCUAUUCAUCUUAACACAUUUUCCCAGGCUUCCAGCGAUCAACGGUAAUGCCGCGCGACUCGCGUCUUUUCUGAUCAAAGCAACCAAGAGAGACUCUUCGAGAAAAGACGGAAU